AUUCCAAACCUCCGCUUUUCUCUUUAAAUACAAAGCUUCCUCAGCUAAAGCUUCACUCAUUUACAGAUAUAUACAUCCUUACCUCUUUUCACCAGUACACAGAAAAAAUUAAUUCUAGUUCUGGCUACUUCUAUGUUUUUAGCUUCUAGCUCUAUACCAUCUUGGUCAUUCCAGAAUCUUCUGCUCUUCUUACUUUUCCUGCUAGGAGGAAAGUUUUUGCUUCUAAGCAACCAAAUGUUACAGGUGUAGAAAAUGUGCUAAUACUGCUUUGCUGGACAACAAGUUUUAGCAUUUUAGAGCUAGCAAGAAGCAUAAUUGUGUUGCUUGUGGUAACUUUUAAGGGAGGUAUACAAAAUGGAGAGUGGUUUGUGCUGGGAGCAACAGACUUUGAUUGCUGAGCUAGUCCAAGGUAUGGAACUAGCAAAACAGUUAAGAGCUCAUUUGAAUGCAACAUCGUCAGUUGAAAGUAGGGACGAGUUAUUACAGAGGAUACUAGCUUCUUAUGAGAGGGCUCUCUUGAUUCUCAACUGGGGUGGGUCAAUGGGACAGCCACAAAGUGUUGGAGUCUCCGCUGGUGUUCCAGAGUCCCCCAUAUCCAUUAAUGGAAGCUCACGAAGUGACGAGUUCGAUGGGGGUGUUAAGGAUAAUCAGGGUUAUAAUGAGGCCUCAAAGAAGAGAAAGACCACUCCCAGAUGGACAGAUCAUGUUAGAGUCAGUCCUGAGAAUGGACUUGAGGGUCCUCAUGAUGAUGGCUAUAGCUGGAGAAAAUACGGGCAGAAAGAUAUUUUAGGAGCAAAAUAUCCCAGAAGCUAUUACAGGUGCACCUACAGAAAUACUCAGAACUGCUGGGCUACAAAGCAAGUGCAGAGAUCAGAUGAAGAUCCCACCAUAUUUGAGAUCACAUACCGAGGAACGCACACCUGCGCUCAUGGAAACCAAUCGAUUCCAUCACCAUCAUCACCAGAAAAACAAGAAAAGAAACAAAAGAAUACCAAUAACAACUAUCAACAACAGCAGUCACAGCAAGCCCUCUAUAACUUCCAAAAUAGCCUAAAGGUUAUUACUGAGGACUUGGACAAUAAAGAGAUGGUAUCUCCCUUCUCUUUUCCCUCUGCAUACGGAUGCUCAAAGAAUGUGAGCAGUUAUUCUCCGUCGUUUAUAUCUCCAGCUACACCUGAACCAACUCACUACUCAGUUUCACCAUUCCAGAUGAACAAUUUUGUAGGAGCAUAUAAUUUGCAGCAUCUGGAAUCGGAUUUCACUGAGAUAAUCUCAACCAACACGUCAGCGACCAAUUCUCCAAUUGUGGACUUGGAUUUCUCACUUGAUCAAGUGGAGUUAGACCCCAACUUUCCGUUCGACACACCUGGAUUUUUCUCAUAAUUUCAUGCAGACACUCCACAAUAAGAAAUGAGAAAGUGCUGCAUUUGUGUGCAAUCCAACACUCUGGCUGGUUUCGCCUGUAGAACCUAGCUUGUAUUAUAAAUGAGGAAAGGAUGCAUGUAAAAUAGGAUUAGCUAUGGCAGCAUUGAAAAAUUUUGAAGUUCCUAUAAAUAACAUCAGUAAUUGUAUUGCUACUAACUAAAA